AUGUUAUGUUUACAGGGCGAAUUGUCGGACGAUGAAGCGGGGGCGGAAAAAGGUAAACAGGUAGUGGUCGGGAUUUGUGCCAUGGGUAAAAAAUCCCAAAGUAAACCCAUGAAAGAAAUAUUGACAAGAUUGGAAGAAUUUGAGUAUUUGAAAAUGCUCGUUUUUCCAAAAAAAACGAUACUUAAGAAAUCAGUCGACGAGUGGCCUGUGUGCGAUUGUUUAAUAUCGUUUCACAGCAAAGGUUUUCCCUUAGACAAAGCAAUGCAAUAUGCAAACUUGAGGAAUCCGUUCAUAAUAAACAAUUUGGAUAUGCAAUACGACAUUCAGGAUAGAAGGAAAGUGUAUGCGUUGCUCGAAAGCGAAGGAAUAGAAAUUCCAAGAUAUGCCGUUUUAGAUAGGGAUUCACCAACGUCGAAAGAUGAAUUGAUCGAAUCGGAAGAUCACGUCGAAGUUAACGGUGUUAUUUUUAACAAGCCUUUCGUUGAAAAACCCGUUUCCGCAGAAGAUCAUAACAUUUAUAUAUAUUAUCCGACUUCGGCGGGGGGAGGUAGUCAACGACUUUUUAGAAAAAUUGGAAGUAGGAGCAGCGUUUAUUCUCCAGAAUCAAAAGUACGAAAAACUGGAAGUUUCAUAUACGAAGAUUUCAUGCCAACCGAUGGUACAGAUGUUAAGGUCUACACCGUCGGACCCGAUUAUGCUCAUGCGGAAGCGAGGAAAUCUCCGGCAUUAGAUGGUAAAGUCGAAAGGGAUUCCGAAGGAAAAGAAAUCCGAUAUCCGGUCAUUUUGAGCAACGCGGAAAAAUUAAUUUCUAGAAAAGUUUGCCUGGCGUUUAAACAAACGGUUUGCGGUUUCGAUUUGUUAAGAGCGAACGGAAAAUCGUUUGUGUGCGACGUCAACGGUUUCAGUUUCGUUAAAAAUUCAAAUAAGUAUUACGAUGAUUGCGCAAAAAUAUUAGGAAAUAUGAUUUUAAGAGAAUUGGCUCCGACAUUGGAUAUACCUUGGUCCGUGCCUUUUCAAUUGGACGAUCCACCCAUCGUACCUACGACUUUUGGAAAAAUGAUGGAGCUAAGGUGCGUCGUUGCCGUUAUAAGGCACGGAGAUCGAACUCCAAAACAAAAAAUGAAAGUUGAGGUGAGGCAUCCGAAAUUUUUCGAAAUAUUUGAAAAAUACAACGGGUACAAAAACGGUCACGUGAAAUUGAAAAGACCUAAACAACUUCAAGAAAUAUUAGACACUGCCAGGUCGCUGUUGGCGGAAAUUCAACAUUCCACUGCCGAUCCGGAAAUAGAAGAAAAACAGGGUAAAUUAGAACAAUUAAAAACAGUAUUAGAAAUGUACGGUCAUUUUUCUGGAAUCAACAGAAAGGUUCAAAUGAAAUAUCAACCGAGGGACGCCCCUAAGGAACCAUCAUUAGUUUUAAUAUUAAAAUGGGGAGGAGAAUUAACUCCUGCAGGACGAAUUCAAGCGGAAGAAUUGGGUAGAAUUUUCCGCUGUAUGUACCCAGGUGGCCAAGGUAGACAUAUUCACAAUGGAGAAUAUGCAGGGACUCAAGGAUUGGGAUUACUACGAUUGCAUUCCACAUAUCGACACGAUCUUAAAAUUUAUGCUUCCGACGAAGGAAGAGUUCAAAUGACGGCAGCUGCAUUUGCAAAAGGCUUAUUGGCGCUGGAGGGUGAAUUAACCCCUAUACUCGUGCAAAUGGUAAAAAGUGCCAACACGAACGGUCUCUUGGAUAACGAUUGCGAUUCUUCAAAGUAUCAAAACAUGGCCAAAUCGAGACUUCACGAAUUGAUGCAACAAGACAGAGAUUUUACGUAUGCAGAUCGAGAAAGCAUAAAUCCUUGUAAUGCCAUAAGCAUAUCACUUGCAAUGGAUUUUGUUAAAAAUCCGGUUAAAUGUUGCGGAAGAGUACAAGAACUCAUACAAAAACUUAUGUCUAUAGUUAAAACUAAGAAAGACGAUCCGAAAACAAAAGAUGCCAUUUUAUAUCACGGCGAAACGUGGGAAUUAAUGGGUAGACGUUGGGGUAAAAUCGAUAAAGAUUUUUGUACGAAAAAUAAAACUUUCGACAUAUCUAAAAUACCUGAUAUUUACGAUUGCAUCAAAUACGAUUUGCAACACAAUCAGCACACGUUACAAUUCGAACAAGCCGAAGAACUGUACACAUAUGCUAAAUAUUUGGCCGAUAUCGUCAUACCUCAGGAAUACGGUUUAACCGUUCAGGAAAAAUUAGCCAUCGGACAAGGGAUAUGCACACCACUGCUUAAAAAAAUCAAAGCCGAUUUGCAAAGAAACAUUGAAGAAUGUGAAGAAUCUGUAAAUAGAUUAAAUCCUAGGUAUAGUCACGGAGUUUCCAGUCCAGGUAGACACGUUAGAACGCGAUUAUAUUUCACGAGUGAAAGUCAUGUUCACAGUUUGCUCACCGUUUUCCGUUUUGGAGAAUUGUUAGAUGUUAAUACCGACGAACAAUGGCACAGAGCAAUGGAAUACGUAUCGAUGGUGUCCGAGUUGAAUUACAUGUCUCAAGUCGUUAUAAUGUUAUACGAAGAUCCGACAAAAGAUCCAACAUCCGAAGAAAGGUUUCACGUCGAACUUCAUUUUUCACCCGGCGUAAAUUGUUGCGUACAAAAAAAUUUACCUCCAGGUCCAGGUUUCAGGCCGCACAGUCGUAACGAAAGUAAUGCUAAUUCGCUUAGUCCCAGCUGUGAUCCCAGUUUUGAUGACAUGUCCGGAAUGGAUAGUCAAAGUUCAACUCAUUUAAUAACCGUUAAAAGUUCUAAAAGCGUACUGGAAAUGUUAGAUAAAAAUGACGUGGAAAAAGAAUUAUCGUCGAAGGAAUUAAGUUCGGAAAUAAAUUACAAAUGCUCAUUGAAAGACAGUAUAGAAACGUAUAGAAAUUCGAAAAAUUUUAAGGGAAAAAACAAAGGUGAAAAAUUAAACGAAACGGAAAAUGCGAGUUCGUGUUUGCCAUCGUCUUCCAAUCAUUCAGACACACUCGAAUUCGAUAAUAAAAAAGAAAAAUGUUAUAAAAAGGAAGGAGAGUUAGUAUCCGUAUCAUCGGAAGAAAAAAAUAAAAAAUCACUUUUGAAGGAAUCGUCGAAUCCGUUUCAGCCUUCUUCGCCUAUACCCAUUAGAAACAAAGGAAUGGGAAAAAGUAACGAAACUUACGGAACGACGGAAUUGGCUAAAAAUCUUUCAUCGAGACUUAAUUUACAAGAUGGCGAACCGCGAUCGAAAAGUUUUGACAUAGCACGUCACGAAACCGGUUUUACUCCUUUGCUGUCGGUCAAACGCGAUAUUCAGGCUCGUGAAAAUGCGAAAGAAUCGAAUAAAAAAAUUCUUUUAUUACCCGAAAUUUUAAACGAGGAAACGAAAAUAAAAAUAAAAAAUUCGUCUGAACUUUUUACCGAUUGUUUAGUCAUACCGAAAACUUUUCCUCUCCUUUUGGAAUCGACAAACGAUGCUUUGCCCGAAUGUCAAAGGAAAAUUUCUUCCGGUAGCAUAAUAGGAGACGAAUUAUUAUUCGCGGAAGAAGAAAUUCAUUGCGAAAAUAAAUCCGAUGAGGAAAAUUUUUUUUUUCACGACAACUCAGUCGAUUCGAAUUGUUUUCCGGGAAAUUUUUUCAGAAAAAAAUCCAAAUCUCUACCGUCUGAUUUUAUAUGUUCCUUAUUCAAAGGAACGACGACGACGACCGUUUUUCCUUCGUCUCCUUUUUUUAAACCCCAAAUAAAAAUUUGUCAGGUUUCAUCGGAUGGCGGUUCGGUCAAGGGUUUUAAAAUUUUAAAAGAUUUUCCUAAAAAUGUCGUCGAUAAUAGAAAUUCGUCGUCGAAAACGGUCAUUGAACAAAUUAAAUCAUUAAAAAAUACGGUUUGGAAAUGUCGGAAGGCGGACAUUUUAAAACCCGCGAAUAAAAACGCGAAAGAAUUUUCCGCCGCGGAUUUAUCUCUUUGUGCUGAUAAAAAUAAAAAAGAAAGGAAAAAUUCAAAUAUCGUUUCCGCUGUUGUUAGUGAUAGUAGAAUUCGGAGCAUCUCGUUAGGUUUAAUGAGGGGAAAAGAUGUUGGCAACACAUCAUCCGCCAAUCGUUCGCAAUCCUUAAAACUCUUUGUUACGGGUGGGAAAAAUUCAGGUAUAAAAUUUUCCGCUUUGCGUCAUACGAAAUCCUCUCCGUCAAUACUUGCUAAAAGCGAUAAUCCGCAUUACCAAUGUAAAAAACCAAAACCUGUCGUACGUACAGACGCAUCGAGACGCCACAGGCACAGCGUUGCGAGUCACCAUCACAAUUUCAAACAGAAUCUGUCCUAUUUCAAAUUGUACGGAAUCUCCGUGGGACCCACCGGAGUCAUAUUCAAUCAAAGUGACAAAACUAAAAACAAAUUACUCGGAAGUACAAGCAGUUUGUUUUCAACGGCCGUCAUAAGCGGAAGUUCGAGCGCUCCCAAUUUGAGAGACACCAUUGGAACGACCACGACCGUUUCCGGGAGCGAAGAACGACACGUGAAAGAACACAGAGUUCGAUGGUAUUCUUUAUCAAGUAUAUUUUCCGUUAAACCCGUUCAAGAAGUUCCCCAAAAACCUUUGAAAAAUGCAGAAAAUCUACUCGGUUCCUCCUUGUAUUUAAGCGAUUACAUAAGCAUACAUAAACUCUACGAAAAUUGGGUGAAAAAAAAACUGACCAUCGAAGGAUGCGGUGGAGUGCCACCGAUCAGACCGUUGGAAACGUUACACAACGCUUUGUCCCUUAAACAAUUGGAUAUAUUUUUGGAAACGAUGACGGCGGCUCCUUUGUACAGAACGCCGACAAACACGCCGCCACAUUUACCAUCGACCCCUCAACCGAGUUCUCAUCCUCUCGGAAGUGAGUAUAGCGAAGAUAUUUUUUGGAAUUAUCAAAAUCAAAAAUAUUACGAUCCGUAA